AUGCUUGAUCUGGCGAAAGACAAGCGGGGCGGGAACGAGUCGUUGGGUGGUACCGGGGCUCCUCAUUUAAAGAAUUUAAUUGCGAGAUUUAGUUUAGUGGACAUCUGGAGAAAACAACACCAGACUGAUCAGCAGUUCACGUGGCAAAACAAGCUCGGAACGAUUAAAUGUCGCUUGGACAAAUUUUAUAUUUCAUCUUCGCUUGCAAAAGACUAUGACAUCGAAAGUACUAUCGAACCUUAUCCAUAUUCGGACCAUGAUAUAGCACUUAUUACGUUGAAAAUGGAGCGCUCAAGUAGUAACGUUGGCCCUGGAGUUUGGAAACUCAAUACUUCCCUUUUGAAUGAUAAGACUGUUCGUAAUAAAGUAGUGACAUUCUGGACGGAUUGGAAGAAAAAGAAACAAUACUUUAGUAAUGUUCGCGAAUGGUGGGAUACCGGCAAAUCAAGAAUCAAAUCUCUUCUCAUCAAAUGUAGUAAAACAAAAUUGAUUAAAUCGAAGCAGGAGCGAGCUCGAGUAUUAAAGAGAUACCGUACUUUGGUCGCAAAAGACAACUUAUCGGCAAGCGAGGUUGAGGAACUCGACGCAGUUUGGCAACUAUUGAUUUUCAGCCAGUUCAGGGCAAUAAAAUGAGAUGUAAAGCGAAGUGGCACGAAGCAUAUGAACAGCCUUCCAGGUUCUUCUUUCAAAUAGAGAAAAGGUGAGAUGUCAAGAAAACUUGUCAGGCUUUGCAUACGGCUGAUGGGCGCAGGGUUACUGACCAGAAGGUAUCAUGAGCGAGCAGGUUAACUUUUAUAACACUUUGUAUUCUAAGGUACCUACGAACAGUGCUGGACAAGAUCGCUUACUCAACUUAUUAGAGCGAAAACUGACGGACGAACAACGGGACUCGUGCGAGGAUUUGUUUACUGCGAGUGAAUGUUCAGCGGCCUUAAAGUCAAUGUCAUGUGGUAAAACGCCCGGUUCAGACGGACUACCAAAGGAGUUUUAG